AUGUCCUUUCCCGUCGCGCUACAGUCGGCCAUCUUCUAUCUGCUUGCCUGCACACCAUGCGCCGAGGUACGGCAUCGUCACAAGGCCAAGGGCCAGGCCAAGAAGGAGAGGGUAGAAAAGGCAAAACUAGAGACGCAGCAGCCUGGCUUAUAUCGACAUCCCUCACCGUUCAACACCAAUCCCUACUGGCAAGAAGAAAUUCGCAUGGGGCCUAGCUUACCAAAGAAAUCGGCGAGCAAAAACUCAAGCCAACGGGGCCUGAUGAGCGCGGGAGGAGAGACAACGGGAGAGAUCAGUGCACUGAGCCUGUCAGGGCGAACAAACACUGGCGAUAGCCACACCAAUUUCGGAGACAGCACGUUGGUGGUAUCACAAGAUGGCAUUUUAUCAGAUGACUGGAAUUCGCGGCACGGAUACCAGCGCGAGGACGAGGAGCUAUGGGGAGCAGAUUGGACUGGCCACAAAUUAAAAGACGCCUUUUCCAAAGCGAGGGAUUCAGCUGGAAAGCUAAUUGAGUCAACACUGGGCAUGGAUAAAGAAGUAACAGAGGAGGAACGUCGUCAAUUUUAUGCGGCCCCACGAAACCCACCUGUCAACGACCUUCACCCACCCGUCGUCAGCAGCAAACUGCCUCACAGGGAGGCUCACAAAUGGAUGCUGCAGCCACCUCCGUCCGCCAAGGUUAUGGAAGGCAAGGUGCCUGUCAGCAGAGCCAUGAGCGCUAGUAGUAGAACAAGCGCGAGGACAGCUGCAAGUGGGAGGACAGCUGCUAGUGGAGAGGAAAGGCUAGCUCGCCAAUUGCAGGAAAAGCUGGUCAGAGAGAGGAUGAUGAAGGAAUUACCGACUGAAUCUGAGCUAAUCGACUCACUCUUCGUUUCCCGAACUCGGAGCACCCGAUCUGACUUGACACGGACACGUAGCUUGUCAUUUGACGGAGGCUCCGACGAGGCAUUGGAUAACCGACGACGGAAUAACCGCUUGAGAGCAUUGGCUGUUCCUCCCGGAUACGAAGAAUCAGAGGAUGAGUACGAGGAUAUAUUCACACCUCGCAUCACCAAGAGCACCAGCAACUCCAGUCAGCCUGGACACGCUGCGCAACGACCGAAGCUGGAAACUAUAACCAGCAGUGAAGGCAGCACCCGUUCACGGUCCAAGAGGUCAAGACGGCACAGGUCCACGAGGAAGAAGAAUCUACCUGGAACGGGAUCGCCUGUUGGAGAUGACUCCGACUAA